AUGUUUAAACCCUGUACCACAAAAACUUCCAUCAUCAAUCGGUCUUUUGAUGAAAUGGGCAAUUUAUUGUGGCAACAAGAGGCGGCCGAAUUUGUAGAACAAUUUCCCCAGCGUAGAAGACCCCAAAAUGCAGCUUUGCUGUUACGCCAAAGUGCCUCAGCUGGCACUUUGUAUCGUAAACCAGAAACUGUGGUGCCCAUUUUGAAUAAACGAGCCAGUGGUGGUGAACUGUUGACACCCCAACAAAGACAUCAACGUGAUUUGUUUAGUGGCGAUUUGGGCAUACCCGAUGUCAACACUCAUGUGGGUAGUAUGGUGCAUACUUUCGAAAAUCUGGCCCUGCAACGGCGCAUAGCUGAAAGAAAACGGGAACAGCAAGAACGAGAACACAGUAAGUAUAUCGAGGAGUUACUGGCCCUGCAGGCGGCAGCAGAGGCUCAGGCAGCUGCUACACCAGCCAUUGUAGCCACCACGACAACUACCAAAAGAACCUUCAUACCCUCAUCUGGCACUCACAGUAACAGCAAGAUUCAGCAAUUAACAAAGAAAACUCAUGAGUCUAGAAAAAAAAUCAUACAGCAGAUACUGCAAAAUCAUCCCAUGCAUAAAGAUGUUACUAACAUACAAACCACUCUGCAACAUAUUAAGGGGACUCGACAGGCCUCCUCCAACUCGGAGGUCUAUUAUCGUAAUAUAGAUGAGGAUUAUCGUAAGAAUUUAUUUGGUACUAUUUCAAAGAGGAAUAUAAAUCCCGUAGAUCAACCACAAGUUAUACACAGCAAUAAUUCAGAUAUCGAGACUUCUAGUUUUUGUGAUGAAAUUGUAGCACAGGCUUUCGAUGAGAUCUUUGAGGGCUAUAGUGGUUUAGAGGAUGAGGAUGAGAUACAAGAAGUUAAAAAAUCCGAUAACUUAAUGCCGGAUUUUGGCAAAACCUCUAAUUUCCUCAAUCAAUACGGAAGACCGGGUUUAACGCCCAAAAAAUUGCCCCCAAUUUCAGUGCAUAAAAAAGCGGCUGCACCCCAGCCACCUCCUACUUCCUGCUGUCCCUCCUCUAGCCAUUCAAAACGUAAGAUUAUGCCAUUUUUAGAAAAUAAACACAGAUCCUCCACCAUACACAAUCUUUUUGAACGUCUUAAGACUCCCCCUAAUAAAGCUCUCACUUCCCACAAACUAAAUAAGACCUCCUCCGAUACCUUACUCAAAACUUCACCCAAUUUCUCUAAUAGCUCCCAAUUUCUGCACAAAUUCCCCGCCCAUUUACAUCUUAAUCGUGAGGUAGAGGGCCAAGAGAGUAGCGAACAUUUAGAUCAAGAUUUUCUUAGAGGUUCCACUGUCUCCCAAUCAUUUGUCCGCCAUGUAAAGCUUAACAAACCCUCCAGCAAAGGCAAAGCUCCUCCGGUACCGCUAGAAACUCAAAGUGCCAAAAGAGAAUUAAAGACCAGUGAGGCUUUGAGACAGGUUUUAUUAUUUUCCAAAAAGUCUCGGUCAUCGGGUGAUAUGUUACCCGAUAAUUAUACCACCACAGUGGAGACACGUAAGUAUUAUCGCCGUUUAGAUGACGAUGUUAAGCCAGAGGCAAAUGUUUCAGAAAGAAGAAAAGCUGAUGGUUGUAGUGGUUUAGUUAAUAAGCAGAGUUUCCCAGCGCAGCAUGAGGUAGUGGAAAUUUAA